AUGGUGUACGCUUUCAUGUUUGGAUUCGCGUUUCAACACGUAUACCACCGUCAUACCAAGAUCGAAGACAAUAUCCAAGAGAAGGUCGGGAUUAUGAGGGAGCUUGUGUGGAUCCUAAAGACCUUGAAUGGCUUAUCAGCUGUUUCCUUGCUCGAAGUUCUUGACAUUUUAAAAGAACAAUUGAUCAGCGAGCUUUUGCAGGUCCAAGGCAUAAACGACCAGAUCAGGACUGAUACCUGGUCGAUUUUAUCGCUGCUGAACAAGACGAUGGAUAAGGCGGACAGAAUAUCAGGACACAACAGGGCAAGAAAGGUUAACACCGUUACAUAUAUGGACCAUUUGCAGGGCUCCGCAAUCGACGUUGCCUUAUACCGGGAAAUCAUGCGAUGUCUCCGCACACUUCGGACUCUAACAGACUCUGGUCUGACCCAAGCGGGCAUGCCAUUGUUUCAUUGGUUAUUCCUGGAGAUACUGGGUUAUUUCAGUUUUCUUGGCGUGCUCCUGGUCAGUGCCCAGUCUUACCAUAUACAGCUGGCAAUGUGUGUAGUCACCGUGGCUUCCAUCAGUCUCCUGUGUUUUGCUGUCAGUGAUCUCGACUCACCUUUCCAUGGUUUCCUUAGAGUCGACCUCAGCGUCAUCAGCUCCAUGGUGAUGGAGCUUCAAAUGCACGCGCCACGAGAACGAAACAAAUGUCACUGUAUAUCGAAAAAGACAUAUUUUCCUGCGGGCUGGGACUGGGGCUGGGCCUGGGGCUGGGGCUGGGGCUGGGGCUGGGGCUGGGGCUGGGGCUGGGGCUGGGGUUGGGGCUUUUUGUACACGUAUACCAUCGAUGCAGAGUAUGUCCAUUGCUAUACAAAACUCGAUGGUGCUGAAGUAUGUGUACAUGUAAAUCAGCCCUAUAAGAAAUACAUGCCCAUUGGAUAA